AUGAACAAUGCGACGUUACAAAUACGAAAACUCCUUGCAGAAGGCAUGCACGCCUUCUACCUCCUACCCUCAUCGCAUCAACACACAGAUCUACAACGCGUCCCCACGCGCGUUCCAAUCCUCACAUUCCAAAGCGCCAUGGCAAUUCUACAAACCCUAUCCAGUCUCCUACUUCUCCACCAUGCACUAGGAGCAACAGCAGCCCAGGAUGACCUCCACUAUGUCAAUCCUCUAAUCGGGUCAACAAAUGGCGGCAACGUCUUCACAGGCGCAAGCCUGCCGUACGGCAUGGCCAAACCCGUCGCCGACGUCGACGGCCAGAACACAGGCGGCUUCUCGACUGACGGUAGCAAUGUCACUGGCUUCUCGCACAUGCACGACAGUGGUACAGGUGGGAACCCUUCUAUGGGUAAUUUCCCAUUGUUUCCUCAGUACUGCAAGGACAAUCUUGUGGAUAAUUGCAAGUUUCCCAAGUCUGCACGCGCUACCCACUACAAGAAUGAUUCGGUAGUUGCCGUGCCAGGGUACUUUGCCUUAACGCUUGAGAGCGGUAUUCGAGCUGAGAUGACGGCUGCGCAACAUGCGGCGCUGUACCGUUUUGUUUUUCCGGGAGGGAAGGCCGCUGAUGGGAGUGAUUUAAAUCCUUUGAUAUCUUUGGAUUUGACAGAUCUAUGGGACAGUCGGCAGAAUGCUUCGAUUAGUCUUGAUGCUGGUAGCGGUUGGAUGAAGGGCAAUGGGACUUUCUUGCCGAGUUUCGGAGCUGGCUCUUACCAGUCUUACUUUUGUGCUGAGUUUGUUGGCGCUGAUGUUAAGGAUAGUGGGAUUUGGGUCAAUGAUCGAGCUGGGUCGGUGCAGCAACUAUUUGUCACUCGUGGUUUUAACAACUUUUAUCUUCAAGCUGGAGGCUAUAUGAUCCUUGAUCCUCCCCAUGAUAAGACCGUGACUGUGAGAGUCGGUGUUAGUUUUAUCAGUACGGAGCAGGCCUGCAAGAAUGCCGAAGCAGAAAUCCCAGAGCCGCAAAGUGCGUUUGAUUCUCUGCGCAAACAAGCUGAGGCAGCGUGGAGUCAGAAGCUCAGUCCUAUUAAGGUCACUUCGGGUGGUGUCAGCCAUGACAUGCUAAGCGCCUUCUGGAGCGGUGUCUACCGGACUAUGCUAUCACCCCAGGAUCUGACAGGAGAGAACCCACUAUGGAAAAGCGACGAACCCUACUUUGACUCUUUCUACUGCCUUUGGGAUGCCUUCCGAGCGCAGCAUCCAUUUCUCACCAUUAUUGACCCCCAAACACAGUCAAAGAUGGUCCGCAGCUUGCUGGACACUUUCAAGCAUGAAGGAUGGCUACCCGAUUGCCGCAUGAGUCUGUGCAAAGGCUGGACACAGGGUGGCUCCAAUGCUGACGUUGUUUUGGCUGAUGCCUACGUCAAAAACCUUACUGGAAUUGACUGGGAGCUUGCCUAUAAAGCAAUGAUCAACGAUGCAGAAAACGAGCCGCUUGAGUGGUCGUACGAAGGACGUGGUGGUCUCCAGAGCUGGAAACAUCUUAGCUAUAUCCCGUACCUGGACUUCGACUAUAUUGGCUUUGGAACCAAUUCGCGAAGUAUCUCUCGGACAGUCGAGUACGCAUACAAUGACUACAGCUUGUCGGUGGUGGCUAAGGGCCUCGGUAAGACGGACUAUACCACCUACUUGGCGCGGUCUGGCAACUGGCAAAAUUUGUAUAAACAAGACCAAAUAUCAUUUCUUCAGAAUGGGACAGAUACUGGCUUUGUUGGCUUCUUCCAGCCGAAAUACAUCAACGGGACAUGGGGGUAUCAAGAUCCAAUUGCUUGCAGUGCUCUGGCGUCGUGGUGCUCUCUUACCUCGAACCCUUCAGAGACGUUUGAAUCUAGCAUCUGGGAAUAUCUAUUUUUCGUUCCUCAUGACAUGGCAAAGUUAAUCACGAUGGUCGGCGGCCCAGAGUCCUUCGUUUCUCGACUGGACUACUUCCAUACCUCAGGCCUGGCGGACAUGGGUAACGAACCUGUCUUCCUGACUGUGUAUGACUAUCACUACGCCGGACGGCCAGCUCUAUCCGCCAGCCGAGCCCACGCUUACAUCCCAUCUUCAUUCAACGCCACGCACAGCGGCCUACCCGGCAACGAUGACUCCGGUGCCAUGGGAUCAUUCCUAGCAUGGAGCAUGAUGGGCCUCUUCCCCAAUCCCGGUCAAAACGUCUACCUAAUCAUCCCUCCAUUCUUCGAGGCCAUCGCAAUCACUCACCCGGAGACAAACAAAACUGCCACAAUUCGCAAUAUCAACUUCGAUAAUACCUACAAAAACAUAUAUGUUCAGAGUGCCACGCUCAAUGGAAGACCCUACACCAAGAGCUGGAUUGGACAUGAGUUCUUCGCGCAGGGUAUGGCGCUUGAGCUGACGCUCGGGGGCAAGGAAAGUGACUGGGGUACACGCAAGGAGGACUUGCCUCCAAGUUUGAGCGACUCGGUCAUUGAGGUGAAGGGG